AUGGCUUUCACUAACAUCGAAGCUGACCAAGAUUUCGAGGAUUCGCGCCGCAGCUUACAGUUUUAUGCUGUCUUUCCCGGACUAUGUUUCUCCAUCCUCCUAGUGGCACUUGACACCAGCAUAGUGGGAACCGCGUUGCCAACCAUUGUUAGCAGUCUCGGUUCCGGUGCGCUAUACAUCUGGAUCGUCAAUGGCUAUUUCCUAUCAGUGGCGGUGGUACAGCCACUCGCCGGUCAGAUGGCCGAUAUCUUUGGCCGGCGAGCUCCAAUGCUCGCGUUUCUAGCAUUGUUUACUCUAGGGAGCGGUCUUUGUGCUGGCGCAAGCUCCACCGAGAUGCUCAUAUCGGCGAGAAUCAUCCAAGGCCUCGGAGGCGGCGGAAUCUCCGUACUGGUAUCUAUAAUCGUCGGCGACUUAGUCCCCUUACGGUACCGCCAGAAGUACAUGGCCAUUGUCAUGUCUUUUUUUGCCUUGGGAACCUUCAUCGGACCAAUUGUCGGCGGUGCGAUAGUCACGAACGUUUCCUGGCGCUGGACUUUCUACAUCAAUCUUCCCGUCGGAGGCGUUGCCCUCUUCCUCGUCUUUUUCUUCCUAAAGGUGAAGCAUCCCAGUGAUGGUGCUAUCAUUUCACGUUUGAUACACCUCGACUGGUCGGGCCAUGUACUUCUCAGUGCCUCUGUCGUCUCUAUCUUGAUAUCGCUCACUUGGGGCGGAACUAAAUAUCCCUGGGACUCUGGGAGAGUUCUUGCCCCCCUCAUUAUUGGCGGUUUUGGCCUGGUGUUUUAUCUCCUUCACCAGCAAUAUGCCUCCAAAGAUCCCUCUAUGCCACUGCGCCUUUUUGGAAACAGGACCUCGCUUCUGGGUUUCGUCCUUACCUUUCUCCAUGGGAUCAUAAUGUCUUGGUUCAGUUUCUUUAUCCCAGUCUAUUUCCAGGUCCUCAAAGAAGAUUCUCCUCUGAUGGCAGGCGUCAAUGUACUCGCUCUGGCCAUCCCAUUUACGCCAGCUGGCAUACUUGGCGGACUUAUCGUCACAUGGAGUGGCCGUUAUAAGCCAGUUCUCAUCGCUGGUUUAGCACUAUUGCCUAUUGCGACGGGGUGCUUUACGCUACUCACGGCCGAGACUCCCACUGCCCAAUGGGCUGUAUUUCAGGUCAUUGCUGGAUUGGGUGGAGGUCUAGCACUUACCUCCACGCUCCCUGCAAUCCAAGCCCCCCUGGCAGAAGGUGAUUUAGCUGCUGCCACUGCAGCUUGGGCAUUUGUGCGAAGCUUUGGGAUGAUCUGGGGAGGUUCGAUUCCAGCAGCUGUCUUUAAUUCGAAGGUAGACAGCCUUAUAUCUCGGAUUGAUAAUGCUCAGGUUCGCUCUCUUCUCGCCUUGGGAGGAGCAUAUGAACAUGCCACUCGGCUUUUUAUCACCUCAUUCGAUGACCAGCCAGCUUUAAGGGCACAAAUCAUCAGCGUCUACACUGACGCACUUCAAGAAACUUGGUAUGUUUUGUUAGCGUUUGCGUGUAUCACCAGCCCUAUUGCUUUGUUUCUCAGAGAAAUACCAUUAAGAACAAGGCUUGAAACACAAUAUGGCUUGGACGAGUCGAAGACAAUGGUCGAGCCAGCGAACAUGGAUGCCUCAUUACGCAAUUCAGCUGUAGCCGUGGAGCUGGAACCGCAAGAUGAGCCAACACAGAUCAGUGGAGCUGGUAAUCAUUCUUAG